AUGAGAACUCUUAUGCGGACCACUGGUGGAAUACCAAUGAAUGCGAAUCAGUUUUUCGAUGAAGGAACAACAAGAAUAAUUGAAAAUAUUUGUAGCACCUAUCAGCUACCACAUGCCUAUUUGUUCACCAUACUGUUACCAGCUAUCGACCAUCACGUUAACAACGCUCAAGUAGUAUGUACAGGUGGUGUUAGAACGAAUAUCAGCUUUUAUACUAGUAUAAUCGGCUAUCCGGGUAGUAUUAAAAGCAUGGCGGUCGAUAUCAUUCGUUCUGCAUGUAUGGAUGUCGAAAAGUUACUUGGCAUUGAAAUAGACAAGCCAUAUAUCAAUAAUUCCGCGACUAUAGAAAGUCUUCUGAAUGAGAUGAAAGAAACAUCAUGUCGUCUAUUCCAACCGUGGGAUGAGCUAAAUACCCUUAUUAGUUCGUUUGGUCUCUAUCGUAGUGAGAAAGCAGCCUACGAUAGAAGCAUAAUUAACACUUUAUACAACACCAAUCAGAUAGCUGGAGCGGGCCAUCCAUCCGAAGUAAUUGAAUCUGUAAAAAAUGACAACGAAGGCGAUGGUCUAUUUGGUCGAUUUCUAUUAGCAGCACCCACACCUUAUUUACCUCUUGCUGAAGAAAUAUCUGAUAUUAAUGAAGAUUGUGCAAGUUUAUCGCAUUUCUUGUACAUUAUUAAUUUAUUGAAUCCAGCGGAAAAUGAGUAUGGUGAUCCAAUUUGCAUGGUGUAUAAAUACAAUGAAGCAGCUGAAUCUAUAAUUAAAGGUGGUAUUAUUAGAGGUUUUCGUUUGAUAGUUAAAGUUGAUUAUUUUCUUCAAAACAAGUUGAUCAUCUUUUCUUUCCUCUCUGUUCUUCUUCGUCUGUGUGAUAUGUGUGUUAUAGGACUGAAAGGUCAACUUAACGUUCUCUCUUUUUUGUUCGUCCGCUUUUCUCCUUAUAUAUAUAUAUAUAUAUAUAUACUAGUUUUUUUGUCUUUGGUCAGAAUAGUUAUAACGGUGGAGUGAAGACACACGUGUGUAAUAUUCUUUAUAUCGUUGCAUUCCAUCUUCUUCGUUGUUAUUAGUUCAUUGUCUGUUAUUCUUUUAUUAGUAUUAACUUUUGUUCAUUAUUAUCAACUGUACUACACCAAAAUCCUGUUGUUAUCUAUUGGAUCGGGCCUGUGACACUAGACGGAGAGCUCUUCAGACGGAUAAGAGAACUAAAGAUAGCAAGUGGGGGGAGGGGGGGGAAUACUGUAUUUUUCAUAAACACCAACUAGCGUUCUCAAUCAAGCGUCAUAUAACGGCACC